AUGCAGAGGAGUUCCUGUUCUGCUCCAACAGCUGCACGGCAGCUCCGCAUGUCUAAGGGAGGCGCCCCGGAUCACUUGCAGCUCCACCGUACGGACAGUCAGGACUCUGAAGACCCCGGAGAAUAUUGUUACGGUGGGUACCAUCCUGUCCAGGUUGGAGACACUUUCAACACGAGGUACCAGGUGGUGUCCAAACUCGGCUGGGGAGUUUUCUCAACCGUGUGGCUCUGCACAGACCUGAAGUCGGCUCGACGAGUGGCCGUGAAGGUGCUGAAGAGCGGUGCUGGUUUCACCCAGGCGGGGCAGGAUGAGCUGGCUCUUCUACGCUGUGCCAGUGCCCUUGCGGGUCGCCACCACUCCAGUCGACGAAUUGUUCAGCUGCUGGAUGAGUUCAAGCUGGUCGGGGUCAACGGGGUCCACACGUGUCUGGUUCUGGAGCUGCUGGGACCCGAUCUCAGAAGCUGGCGGCUGUGUUUUGGGAAACUGGGACUGCCACUUCCUUGGGUCAAACAAAUAUUAACUCAGGUUCUCCAGGGCUUGGACUACCUUCACAGGCUGUGCAAAAUAAUCCACACAGACAUCAAACCAGAAAACAUCCUGCUGAGUGUGGAGCUGCAGUCCCACAACACGCCAGCAGGGGGCAGCAGCGUCCUCUCUUUACCUGCUGGGAUGGAGGCCAACACCAAAGAUUCUGCAGGAUGUGUGAUGAACCGCAGGAGAGUUUGUGGUCAGUCCCUUCCUUCCUGGCAGCCUAAGGCCAGAAACCAGUUAACACACCAUGCUCUGACAGAAGAGAAAACAAAUCUGACACCAGUGGACUGGAAGGAAGUGGAGGAGGCUGAGGGGCACUGCAGACACAAUCCACCAUCCUCCACGUGA